CGUCUGUUUUGUUUACUUGUGUCAUUUCAUCUAACCUAAAAAAAGUUUAAAAAAACUUCAAAAUGUGUUUUAUGAAAGUCUUGUGGAUAUGAGAGCGAUUGGUUCAAAUUUUCCAUGGGAAAAUUGAUUUCGAUCCAGGUGGAGAAGUCCCUGGGCUGCUUGAGUGUGGCGCUGAGCCACAAUGCCGAACGAUUUUCAUUAAAACAAACCGCAGUUGUGAUGGGGUUUCUAUGUUUUCUUAUAGUGAAUCUGCCUAGUUUCAGCCCUUUAUAUGCUGUGCCCCUACUGAUAGUAUUGGCAUGGUUGCUCUGCAAGGCCCUGCUUAGUGUACGUGAAGAAAACCUCCUGAUAGUAAAGGGGCUCGGUUACCAAACAUGCUCGAAGUUUGCCUUUAGAAAGACUGCUUUAUAUAUUCCAUAUGAACAAGUUCAAAAAGUAUUUAUUAACGAAGUAAUUUUAAGGCACAAAGUAGUACACGUUCUGAGUUUGAUAGUCCAUGAAGGCUCAAAUCAACAGAAACUGAUUCCUUUAUUUACGGAAACGCUGCCAAAGCUUCACUGUUUAGAAAUGAUAUACAGGCACAUUAAGCACUUUGAAAACAGCUGACAAGGAAAAUUAGGAAAAUUAGUGGCUAAUUCUAUCUAGAUGUUUAUGUUGCUCAAGGUAUGUAAGGCUUUUUUAAGGGACUGUUAAAUAAAUUGAUCAGCUAAUUAA